UCCAAACAGAGAACUAAACAUCUGGGCCUGGUAGGCAGCUGAGCACUAGUGUGAACAGCUAGAUGUCGACUUCCACUCUAGCACUGAUUCCUCAAACUAGAACCAAACCAACCAACAAAUCCAAACAAAGAGUGACAGAAAGAAAGAGAAAAAAGACAGAGAGGAAGACAGCUACAGGUUCUGAAGUCCGGCUGAGACUGAAUCUUGUACAGCGACCACUCUUACUUUGUAAAGUAGAAAUGACACCUGCUUAUGGCCCGUGAUCCCCAUGCCAGGUACAUUCUGUGCCAAUCUUGAGAGCACGCAGAAAGCCACUGAAUGGCAAGAGCUCCACAGCUCCUAGUGGGGCGGCUGGAGGAACUUGGAGUCAGAACCAUGGCCAAAGGAAGGAGAGCUCGGUCCACCUCCCCUCCUGACGGAGGCUGGGGCUGGAUGAUUGUGGCCGGCUGCUUCCUGGUCACCAUCUGCACUCGGGCAGUAACCAGAUGUAUUUCGAUUUUUUUUGUGGAGUUCCAGACACACUUCUCUCAGGAUUAUGCACAAACAGCGUGGAUCCACUCCAUUGUAGACUGUAUGACCAUGCUCUGUGCUCCGCUUGGGAGCAUUGUCAGUAACCACCUGUCCUGCCAAGUGGGAAUCAUGCUGGGCGGCUUGCUGGCAUCUACUGGCUUCAUCCUGGGCUCGCUGGCCACCAGUCUGAACCACCUCUACCUCACGCUGGGAGUUCUGACAGGUCUGGGAUUUGCACUGUGCUACUCUCCUGCCAUCGCCAUGGUGGGCAAGUAUUUCAGCCGACGGAAAGCCCUGGCCUAUGGGGUGGCCAUGUCGGGAAGUGGCAUCGGCACCUUCAUCCUGGCCCCUGUGGUGCAGCUCCUCAUUGAGCAGUUUUCCUGGCGGGGAGCGCUCCUCAUCCUUGGGGGCUUUGUCCUGAAUCUCUGUGUCUGUGGUGCCCUGAUGCGGCCCAUCACUCUCCGAGAGGACUGUCUGGACCCAGAGCAGAGCCCUGCCUGCCAGACUCGGAAACAAGGAUGCACACAGGCGGCUCCCCAUUCAGAGCCGGCCGAAGAGUGGCUGCCAAGCUGCCCUUGCUGCUCUUUGCAGCAGGAAUACGCUUUCUUACUGAUACCGGACUUCGUUGUGCUAGCCAUCUCGGUUCUGUUCAUGGCUUACGGCUGCAGCCCUCUCUUUGUGUACUUGGUGCCUUACGCUUUGAGUGUUGGAGUGAGUCACCAGCAAGCUGCCUUCCUUAUGUCCAUACUUGGGGUGAUCGACAUUAUUGGCAAUGUCACAUUUGGAUGGCUGACCGACAGGAGGUGUCUGAAGAACUACCAGUGUGUGUGCUACCUCUUUGCUGUGGGACUAGACGGGCUGUGCUAUCUCUGCCUGCCGACGCUGCAGAGUCUCCCCCUCCUCGUGCCUUUUGCCUGCACCUUUGGCUACUUUGAUGGCGCCUACGUGACCUUGAUCCCGGUAGUGACCGCAGAAAUAGUGGGGACCAUCUCCUUGUCGUCUGCACUUGGUGUGGUGUACUUCCUUCAUGCAGUCCCGUACUUGGUGAGCCCACCUGUCGCAGGAUGGCUGGUAGACACGACUGGCGGCUACACGGCGGCAUUCCUUCUCUGUGGGUUUUCAAUGAUAUUCAGUUCUGUGCUGCUUGGCUUUGCUAGACUCAUAAAGAAGAUGAAGAAGACCCAGCUGCGGCUGCUUGCCAAAGCGCCUGACCCCAGGUUGCGGCUGUGGACCAACGGCUCAGUGGCUUAUUCUGUGGCAAGAGAACUAGACCAGAGAGACGGGGACUCUGUGAUGGUAGCAAUGCCUGUUUACAACCCCACAUGACCAAGUGACCUUGCACCUGGAAAUUCCUCUUCAGGGCCGAAGAAAAUGGGACCAUGGUGUUGUACAUGUCUAGGAAUCCUUUUAUUCUGGCAGAAGCAUUAGCUUCCAAGGAAACUACUAUUGUUGCUGUUUUGUUAACAUGUUUAUAAGGGCUAAGAGCAAAUUACCAAGCAAACUGGACUGACUCAGAGCUUCCCAACUUGGGGUUAUAUUCACAAUUGAUGACUUUUAGACAAUGAGCAUCACUCCACGGAGAGUGGAAGGACAGAGAUGAUAUAAUGAGCUUUAAUCAGGGAUGAUUUUGAGACAGGACCAAAGCAGAUAACACUAAGCAUAAGCUUUUCCCUCAAUUCUGUGUCCUUCCCACCUCCGUAAUUAGGGGGUAAAUAGAAACAUGGGCGAGUAAAUUUGUUUACUUCAUGUUACUUGGAGAGAGCAGGCCAGCUUGAAGCAAUGGUGGAAAUAAAGGUGCCAGGACAUUUUUUUUUUUAUUAGUGGCUGUCUUCCCCCACCCUUUUAAUCUUUCUGCUAGCCUUUGCCUUCACCAAUGGGCAGACAGCACACAGAGAAUGCACAGUGAUGGAGCACCACAGUUGGAGUGAGUCUUACUGAUACUGAAUUUGAAAACUUUUUUCCUGGACCAACGCCCAGUGCCCACCUUACAAUGCUUACUCUAAAUUUAGCAGAACAUAGCAAAUUUCCAGGCAGUUUCUCAAUCUUUUUAAAAAUUUUCAUUAGUGAUUUAAUAAUGAUUAACAAGAAUGUGUGAUAAGAGGGGGGAAAUUCCACACAGCUCCCACCACCAGAGUUCCGUGUUCCAUCCUCUCCACUGGAAGCUUCCCUGUUCCUUAUCCCUCUGGGAGCAUGGGUUGAAAUUCUCUAUGGGGAGCAGAAGGUGGGAGUUGUGGCUUCUGUCAUUGCUUCUCCACUGGACAUGGGUGUUGCAGGUGGAUCCACACCCCCAGCCUGUGUCUGUCUAUCCCUAGUGGGGCAGGGAUCUGGGGAGGGGAGGUUCCUGGACACAUGGUGAGGGCAUCUGCCCAGGGAAGUCAGGGUGGUGUCAUGGCAGCAUCUGCAACUUGCUAGCUGGAAGAUGCUAUGAUAUAAAACAGGGAGAAGUGUUUAAUAAACAGGAACCUAAAGGCAGGAAUAGAGCAGAUGAGAACAGAGAUCUUAGGGUGGACAAGCUAGAAAGCCUAUUUUAGGUAUGUGCCAAGGGGCCCAUGACUUUAAUAUAUAUUUUGCUUUCAGGGUUAUCGCUGGGGCUCAGUGGCUCCAUAUUGGAUCCUUGCCUGGAUCCUUGUGCUUGGUACUAUGUGCACUUAAGCCGGUGUGCUACCACCUCCCUGCCCUUUUAGUAAUUUUUGCCUGAGCCUGAUAGCUAACAUGCAGGUGGACUAAACGUAAAAUAUUACCUGAAAUAUUAACACCAGUACUUUCCUUUUUUCUUUAGAAACAAAACUCUUAUUUAAAUUGCAGGCACAUUCUUGUUGGGCACAGAAAAAUGUUGGCAGUAUUCCAACUGGGCAGGCAUUGAAUUCUUGAACAGCAGGACCCUGUCAAGACAUUUCUCUUUAGAGCAUGUAGGUUGCCGUCACACAAAACAGGACUCAGGGACUUGGCUGGACAAAACAUUACUCUAGAGAUUUCCUGAAGGGGGUAUUUCUCUCUCUCUAUGUUAGUUCUUGUUGCAGUGUCCACUGAUCUUCAUCUCUCUGGAAAAUCACUGGAAACGUGUGGACCUUUUCCAUUGAAAGGGAAAGUUUCCAGGACUAACCUCAGCCUAAUAACACUCCCAGAAAAUGGAGCUUUGCUCAGAAGUAAGUAAAAAAGAUUAGUGGGUAAUGUUGUACAGUUUACAAAAGGUUAGUGGCAUGGUGUCUUACAGUUUGUAGAACUCCUUCACCUACCUUAACUUGUUGGAUUGUAAUAGUUGCUUAUUCCCAAGUACAUCACUUUCCUCUGAGUUGGGGUAAUUUCUGAAACUUCAUAUUGUAGAGGCAGGAUUUGGAAAAAGAAGAGAAAACCCAGACCCUAAACAUGUCUCCAGCCACUGAAACCCCACAGGAUGUAACUCUUAAUCCUAAAUCAUGCUGUCUCUGUAAAUGGGUACAAAUUACACAACUGAGCAGAGAUUUUACUUAUUAAAAAAUCUAGAUUCUGAACAUCAAGGAAAUAUUUUGGCUCUGAAGGUCACAAACCACUGACCCCUCACAAAUACCCUGCCUGGGGUGCUAGGAAAAAACAUCACAGCAUUAUAGAAGUUCCUUGGUUGGUCAACCAUGUUGAACGAGAGUUUUCACCUAUCACUGGAUUAUUUUAUGAAAUGAGAUACAAUACACUCUUUUCAUAAUGAAACACCGACUUGAUUUGAUAGGGAAAAGCUAAUAUUCCAUAGUGUUUUCCAAAGAGAAGUUUGAUUGUUGCCUGGUGUCUUUUUACUUAAUUGGAGAAUUUAAUUUUGAAUCUAUUCACUUUGGCACUUAUAACUUAAAAUUAAAAUUGGAAGUUUUUUUUUAGCAUUGAAAUGAAGUUAAAUGUGUUUGGAAUUGCACUUUACACUACAUUUCAUUUCUUGACUCUUCAGACCUAAACAGAUUUAAAUGUGACGAGUUCUAAGUAUCACACACAUUUGCCUAACAAUCACAACUUCAUUUUAUAAGUUUCUGCAAUAUUAUUUCUCUGAAGCAAUAUAAACAUUCAUGAGAAAUGGGAUCAGAAUAUUUCAAAAACAUGUGUAAAUAUUUUGGAAUAAUCUGACUUCAUACAUGCUUCUAUUUGCAUUUCUUUUUUGUAGUAGCAUUUUUGAAAACUAUUAAGGAAAUCUAAAUCUUAGAGUCCACCUUUGUCAGCUACACUGAAUUUUACACAAGCAGCUUUGUAUAGCUAUACUAUUUAUUUAAAAUGAGAGGGAAUGAUAUAUUUUGUGGAAUCGAAAACAGAAUCAUGGUGGGAUGCUUCUAAAUCUUAACUAUUUCUUGAUAGCUCUGUAAGCUCUACUUGGAAAUUGAGCAGAAAUUCAAGAGCAAUGAAUGUCUACAGAUACACUGUAUCAGUGGGUCUUCUCAUCAGGUUAUGUUUUUGCUAGUAGAUUAAAUAUUUGUGCUGGUAUUAU